ACGAGUUAUGGACUGUGCGACUAAUGCCAUGAGUAAAAGCAUUUAGCGAAAAUGGUGGGCUCGCUCAUGGAGAAGAUAUCACAUCAAUAGCAUAACCAGACGAAUGCAUGUUACCACUAGCUAUUGUAAAAAACGACGCCAUAUUGAGAUCCGCAAGUCGCCGGGUGACGAACCAGGGAAACAAUUGCGAUCUCAGAACAAUACCGCCGCUUGUGCCACGGGAUCAUAGAGAUACAUUGAAGUCUUUUGAAGAUCUGAAUAUUUAUUCAUUGAAAAUAACGUCUUUGUUUGAAGAUAUGAGCUACUGUAUCAAAGUUGGUGUAACGCUAAUGUUUUCAACAAUACUGAGUGCUGUUAUCUCUAUGUAUCGUGAUCUAACAACAGUCUUGAACACGCAACCGAAAACCAUAUCAAACGAACGCUGGUGUAUCCUUAAGCCGGCUGAUGUAAUGAUAUUACGUGCUCAGACGAACCGUCCAAUUCCGCUUCUCUGCGAAGCUCCUCAAUCCCAGGGCAACAAUACGUCGACACGUAAUCCUGACACGGUGACUUUCUUCGAAUUCAUCUACCGUCAACUUAUGUGCUUGAGAAAGAGGUCGUCUCGACAUACGCAUGGAGCUUGCACCUGGCUCCGCGAUCUUCCCGUUAGCCUACAAAUUCGCUAUGUGUUCCUGAUUCCAUUGUGCCUGAUUGCGUUGAGCGCGUCAAUGUGUGUCGUGUGCUCACAAAUGACAACGCUUAAAGAAGCGAAUCAUAGAUUAUCGGGCGCUAUUGGUUCCUUUUGAAAUCGGGAAACCUUACUCUUGCUAUCGCCGGAUACAUCUGCUCUGACCGGAUCAUACGAAGGGAAGGACAUUUUUAAUAAAAUCGUAGUAGAAUGGUUUGAGAAUAUAAUUUACGCUAACUCGUUAGCCAUUUUGCGUGUUUUGUUGCGCUUG